AUGUCCAAUAAUCACUAUAAUUAUUAUCGACCCCGGCCGCAUGAUCGGUUACCCGGAAAACGAUUUCCAGACAGAUGGAACAUCUACGACAACGUCGGUCGCGACAUCGAGGGAACCCGUUUCGUUCCAUUCAAAACUCCACUCGAUUCGUCGUUUUUCGACGGGAAGAAUAUGCCAGAAGAGCUGCAAUUCGGUGUGAAAUCACUGAUGAAUAUGGCGAAACAAGCGAAUAAACAGAUUGGAUUAGUCGUCGAUCUCACGAAUACUGAUAGAUAUUAUAAGAAGACAGAGUGGGCGGAUCACGGAGUGCAAUAUUUAAAACUGAACUGUCCGGGACACGAAGUGAAUGAAAGAGAAGAUCUUGUGCAGGAUUUCAUAAAAGCUGUCAAAGAAUUUGUGGAGGAUCCCGAAAACGAAGGAAAACUGGUAGGCGUUCACUGCACACAUGGUCUUAACCGAACGGGAUAUCUGAUUUGUCGGUAUAUGAUUGAUGUAGAUGGUUAUACGGCUGCUGAUGCGAUUUCGAUGUUCGAAUACUAUCGUGGACAUCCAAUGGAACGUGAACACUACAAAGUGUCACUCUACGAGGCGGAAGUGAGGAAAAGGACGGCGAAACCAUCGGAAGAAAUACAGGAGAAAAAUGAGAAAGAAGCGCCGCGUAAAGAAAGUGGAGAUGUCGUUGCGAAUUGA